GUCCAAUUUAAAUUCUCAGUUCUUCGUUCUUUCGCUGACUUUAGCUAUCUCUCUCUGUAAAGACUUCGUUUUUUUUUUGUUGCCGUGUGACGACUUCUUCUUCCUCUUCUUCUUCGACCUCUUUCUCUCGGAAGCUUAGCUUCUUAAAAUCCAUUUCUCUCGGAAGCUUAGCUUCUCAAAUCCUCGAUCUCUUUUGUAUCGUGAUUCAUUAACCACUUCAUGAUAAUUAUAAUCUUCCUUCUCUUCUGACGAUUGAAUUACAUCUUCUUCUGAUAGCUGUUCUGAUUUUUUUCUGUAUACAAAGUAAAUUCAAAGGUGAGAGUUGUGUCAUCUUUUGCUUUUUAUAUACUUGUUCAAUAAGUCAAAGUUCUUUAUGUUGCUGUUGGGUUUUAGUUUAUUGGAAUCAACUUGCGAAAUUUGAUUACUUUUAGCUUCGAGAUCCCUUCUAUUACUCACUGGAACUUAGGGUUUGUGUUACUUGGAAAAGAAUUUGGAUCUGUUGGGUCUAAAGGCCUUCCUCUCUGUUAAGUGGUUUUGUACUUGGGGGAAGCCUUAACUUUGGAAAUGCUUGUACUUUGCAGAUUAGUUGUUCGAUAAUAUGCUUCAAUGGUUUUGAUUUUGUGGUUCGGUAUAUGUUAUAUGAUCAUUAUCAGUGUUUUAUUGGUGUCCUGCAGUGGACAAACAUCGGUAUUUUAAUCUCCUCUCGAUAAUGAAGUGUUUCUUGUUCUCUGGUGGGGAUAAGAGAGGGGAACAGAAGACCCCUAUUUCGGUUUCAUUGACCUCUAUCUUCUCUGACCGCGAAAUAAACCGAAGCGGGUCAGAGUUCAACUCUCGUGAUGUCUCUGGGACGAGCACAGAAUCAUCCAUGGGGAGGAAGAACUCGUACCCUCCGGUGUCUACUAGAGCAAGUAAUCUCAGAGAGUUCAGCAUUACUGAUCUCAAGUCUGCAACAAAGAACUUUAGCCGAUCUGUUAUGAUUGGAGAAGGCGGUUUCGGUUGUGUCUUCAGGGGCACAGUGAGGAACUUAGAGGACUCGUCAGUUAAAAUCGAAGUCGCAGUGAAGCAGCUCGGUAAAAGAGGGUUGCAGGGGCAUAAGGAAUGGGUUACGGAAGUGAACUUCCUCGGAAUAGUUGAGCAUACAAACUUGGUGAAAUUGCUUGGCUAUUGUGCAGAAGAUGAUGAACGUGGAAUCCAACGGCUUUUGGUUUAUGAAUACAUGCCUAACCGAAGUGUUGAAUUCCACUUAUCCCCUCGGUCACUCACAGUUCUUACUUGGGACCUCAGACUGAGAAUCGCCCAAGAUGCAGCUCGCGGAUUAACAUACCUGCAUGAAGAAAUGGAGUUUCAGAUAAUAUUCCGCGAUUUCAAGUCCUCGAACAUUCUUUUGGAUGAGGACUGGAAAGCAAAGCUCUCAGAUUUCGGUUUGGCUCGUUUAGGUCCAUCUGAAGGAUUAACCCAUGUUUCUACUGAUGUUGUAGGUACAAUGGGUUAUGCAGCACCUGAAUACAUUCAAACCGGCCGUCUCACAUCGAAAAGCGAUGUGUGGGGUUAUGGAGUCUUCCUCUAUGAGCUUAUCACUGGGAGGCGACCGGUGGACAGAAACAGACCCAAGGGAGAGCAGAAGCUUCUAGAAUGGGUGAGACCUUAUUUAUCUGACACAAGGAAGUUCAAGCUCAUAUUAGAUCCAAGGCUGGAAGGGAAGUACCCGAUCAAAUCGGUUCAAAAGCUAGCAGUUGUGGCCAACAGAUGUUUGGUUAGGAACUCAAAGGCACGUCCCAAGAUGAGUGAGGUUUUAGAGAUGGUGAACAAAAUUGUGGAAGCUUCUUCAGGAAAUGGCAGCCCACAGCUAGUUCCGCUGAACAGUGUAAAAGCUUCGAGAGACGCGAGAGGAAAGAACAAUGGUGGUGGCGGUGAAGGAGGUUGGUUUGGCAAGUUAUGGAAUCCAAAGACAAUAAGAGCUUGUUGACUGCUUAUAGAAUUCAACCUCUUCUUACAGCAAAAAAAAGAGUCAAGAAAGGUUUCAUGGAGAUUCCGAAGGUUGAAGAUUCUAGCGAGAUCAAGAUGAAGCUCAUAUACAUACAUAAAGAUAAUUAUAUAUGAAGAUUUGUGAAAGAUUCUAAAAUGAUGAAAUAUGAUUUUUGUAUGAACUUAUGAAUAGUAACCACAGCUAAAUUAGUAAGAUAUGUAUAUUAAGCAAGAACGGCUUAUCAGAGUUUUGUUCCAAAGCUGAUCAAUCUACUCGUGCUUAAGUGUAUAUUUGUGGUAAUGUGUUAAGAGUUCCUAUUAAUUACCAUAAGUAAAUCACAAACAUAAAUAAAAUGAAAAUAAUUAUGGGCUUUAAGGUCUGGAGGACUACUGAAAUUUGGGAGAAGU